CCUCCCAGCUUUAAUCGGUUACUAAUCUUUCAAACACAGUUUUCCAAAAAUUUUGCCCAAUUAAUCGAUCCAGAGACAAAUAAUGUCUCAUCGACUCCACCUGCUGUUAUCUUAUCAGUAAUCGUAAAAAUGAGCACCUAGUGAAUCAGAUAGUGCACAUAUCUAGAGUAGAAAAGAACCAUUUUGAGGUACAUGUUAGUUUUCUGACUUUGCAGAAAGCGGCACUUGCCGAAAUGAAGACGUGUUUAAAGUGUGUGUUUGUGAUUUUUGUACUUAGUGUUCAGACUUUCGGUCAAGAAAUAAAUACUGAAGAUGUAGAAAUUAUUAAAGGACCCCCAGUGGAACAAAGGGCCCCGGAUCAACCCCCACCGACGAACGAAGGCGGACCGUUGACACCACAAGAUGAAAGAGAAAAUCCUGAAACCGAAAGUCCUGAAAGGAAAAUUAAUACCGACGAUGUUGAUCUGUUUAAACCACCCGAAGUAGUGUUGCGUUCAGAUUCUAAGGGAAAAUAUAUUGACUAUAAUAGCGCCGAAUAUGAUCCUAUGACAUCUGACUACGCUCCACCCGAAAACAGUCAAAGAGGUCGAGCAGGAGAAGCUUAUGUCAUAACGGAACAACGUCUACAAGACAUCAGGAAGCAUUUUAUGUACCCCUACUAUGACAAAGGCGGUAAUGCUGACAACGAAGGCGAUUAUCAAAAAGCUAUCCAAACAUCGACACCUCAAGUGCACAAAAAUUUGAACUUCCAGUUGCCAUUCUUUGGAUUUAGAUAUAAUUACACUAGAGUCUCUCUAAACGGCUACUUGGAAUUCAGCGAUCCUCCACAAAACUAUGAAACUUACCCACUUGUAUUUCCCGUCAAAGACUGGCCCAAAAAGAACGACCCUGCUUUCAUUGGAAUCUUCUACAGCAAGUGUAGGAUCGGUAACGUAAGAGUGGAAGAUGUAGAUCAACGAAAACCUGGAGUAUAUUUCCGCUUGGAGAGAGAUCUGAGGGAAAGAAAUGACAGAAUGGGGGUGGAAAUUCGAGAGAGAGUGAAAUGGGAUAUUAGAGAAGGUGUCAUCGGGGCACAAACUUUUGAUCCAAAACACGCCAUUAUUGUAACGUGGAAAAACGUCUCUUUUGCUGGGGGUUUUGCUAAUGCGCUAUAUAGGACCAACACUUUCCAAUUGGUACUUGCGACUGAUGAAGUGUACACUUACGCUAUGUUUAAUUACUUGAAUCUUGAUUGGACCAGUCACACUGAAGCCGGUGGUGAUACUAUUAACGGCGAAGGUGGUAUUCCAGCUUACGUUGGGUUCAACGCAGGAAAUGGUACCAGAUCGUAUCAAUACAAACCCUACAGUCAAAACUCUGUAAUUCGUGAUCUCAGUGGAACAGGUUUCGGGAAUGAAAAACAAGGUCGACAUUAUUUCCGCAUAGACGAGAAUAUAUUACUUGGAAGUUGCAACAAAGAUCUUGAUGGAGCCAAUUUGGAUUUGGUGUAUGCGCCAGAGAGCGGGAACAUGCUUGGUGGAACCGUGGUUAAUAUCACGGGACCUUGUUUCAAACCAACGGACCAAAUUAUAUGCAAAUUCGACACAGAACCUGAAGUAUAUGGUGUUUAUGUUAGUAGCAAUAGGGCGAUUUGCAUCCAGCCGCCUCUCAAGGUGGAAGGUUAUAUCAAAUUUGAAAUAGCUAUAGGACCUGGAACUUAUAAAUACAAAGGAAGAUACUACGUCGAAACUCCUGCAACAGCGACCCAGAAAAUAUUCUUUGAUGAUAUGUCCUAUAACGAAAAAUCGCCGGCGUCAAUUGGAAUGACUUGGGAGAAGCAGAAUUUAACCAUGAAUGAAAAUGCGGCCCUUCGCAUAUCACUUUGGGGUUACAGAGAAACCCAAAAUCGUCCCGAGUUUUUGUACAUUACGGAUUUGGCCUCCAACGUCCAGAACACCGGAGCUUAUAAAAUUAUACCAUCACAAUACAGAAACCGCAACAACGACUUCUUAAUCGACAUGCAGUUUGGUUUUAUUCAGAUUAAUCUGACUGAAUCCAUUCCCGUGGAAAAUAAAUAUGGACAAACAGAAGUAAAAAUUACCCCUCUGGUUUGGAGUAGACCUAUUCCUCUGGCAUGGUACUUCGGAGCUCAGUGGGAAAGGAAGUGGGGUACCAACUGGGCCAAACAGCUUUGUGAUGUUUGGCUGACUGAUGACAGGUACCUCAAGAAUUUCGCCAGUGAACUGCCACAGUGCCCUUGUACUCUAGAACAGGCUUUAGCUGACAGAGGAAGAUUCAUGCCUGAUUUUGACUGUGACAAAGAUGCCAACCCUAAGUGCUACUUCCAUCGACAAGCGGUUCAUUGUGUUAAAACAGGAUCACCAAGUCUUCAAGGUGCCGAACAACAAUGUUGUUACGACAAAAACCACUACCUGAUGUUGUCGUACGAUCAACGCUGGGGCUCUUAUCCGCGUCGUUGCCACAAUCUAGGUUACAUGCCGUGGUACGAAAACACAAAAGUACCUACUCUUUCUCAGUGGUACAACGACAUGAUACCACGCUUUGUCUGCUGUUUGUGGCAAGAGGAAACGGCAAUAGGGUGCGAAACCCUCAGAUUUGAAAGACGUCCCACUCAAGACUGUGUGGCAUACCAAGCUCCCGGAGUGGCUGGUGUUUACGGUGAUCCACAUAUGAUAACUUUUGAUGAUCUUGAGUACACUUUUAACGGAAAAGGGGAAUUCGUACUGGUGCGUUCCGAAAGUAUUCGAAACAGACUGGAAGUGCAAGGAAGGUUUGAACAAAUGCCAAUGAAUGCCUAUGGUGAAGUUAGAGCCACGCAGUUGACAUCUGUGGUUGCUAGAGGAAAUUCGUCAACUAUUAUUGAAGUAAGACAAAGACCAAAAGAAGCUCGAUGGAGGUACCACCUUGACGUGUUGGCAAACGGAGAGAGAGUUUACUUUGACCGACCUUCACUCAAGUUCCAACAUUUCCCUGGUGUCACUGUAUACACACCCACUUAUAUUUUCAAUCAGUCGGAAGUUCUCGUUAUGUUUGACUCUGGUGCCGGUGUUGAAGUCGUUGAAAAUGACGGAUACAUGACAGCGCGAGUUUAUUUGCCUUGGACCUUUAUUAAUCAAACUCGAGGUCUCUUCGGAAAUUGGAGCUUCGACGUACUGGACGAUUUUACGUUGCCUGAUGGAACCAGAACUGGAGUUUCAACGAACUUAAAUGACAUGGAACGCGUUUACAACGAUUUUGGCAUGCGCUGGAUUCUGGAUGAUGUUGAAGAUCCACAGAAAGGUGCCGCUCUUUUCACGAGAGAAAAUGGGCAAAGCGCAUCUACAUUUAAUAACAAGACAUUUAAACCAGAAUUCAGUAUGGUGCUCGAAACGCUUAUUCCAGAAAAUCGUUCUGAAUAUAGAAACAAAGCGUACGACCUUUGCACUGCGUCAAACUACGACUGUCUAUACGACUACGCUAUGACUUACAACAGAGAUGUGGCACACUUUUCUGCAAACUACAAAGCAUCGAUUAAAUCUCUGAAAGCCACUAAUAGAGAAAAUAUAGUUUCUUGUGGUGUUUUGGAAACUCCUAGAUUUGGACGCAAAGAUACCUUCUUGUUUGUACCGGGAACAAAAGUUACGUUUGAAUGUACGCAAGACUUUAUUUUGGUUGGUGAUCCAAGAAGAGAAUGCUUGGCUAAUGGAGAGUGGGAUAUACCGGAGUAUGGAUACACAGAGUGUCUUCGGCAACAAGAAUAUUCGUCGAGAAUGGCAGCUAUUACGAGUGGCAUAAUACUUGCGGUCCUUAUACCAAUAAUACUAGUAAUCGCUUACGUUGUUUUCAUUGUGUGUAAACGAUAUUCGAACGAUAGAAAUUCGUGGCAGUACAAUGCUGCACCGGCUGAACCGACCACGCGUACCAAGUUGACCGAAGCUAGACCUCUUAGUCCUCCGAUGUCGGAUGAUGAGUAUUCGCUUCGUAGUCCAGCCCCUAGCGAUAGGUCUAGCACUAGUAGCAUGGGUAAAAAAAGGAGAAGUUAUGAUAAAGUUUACCGAACGCACGAACCCUUAGAAGGUUUACCUGAAACAGAUUUUGAAGAUAAACCUUGGGACGUGGAAUAUGACCCCGAUAACAAACCUCCACCGAGUCCCACAACUUCUGCUGUGUAUACAGAACCUUUUAGUAGCAAACCUGACUUAGUUAAGUUUCAGUCGAAUCCGAAUUUGAGCGGUCCCCACCGGUUCACUUAUAAUUCCGAUGAUUACACGCUGCCUAUUAAAAAGAAUCGUAUAAGUAGUCAGAGCAGCAUAAUUACUGAUGUGUAGUUUCCUAGCAUGUGGAAUAUGCUGUAUUUUAUUAAUAUUAUUAUUAUUGUUACAGUUUUUUAAUAAACGUUAUUUAAUUUA